AGGAAAGCGUCCGCCCGCAGCGGCGCCGACCACCGCACAACCCUGCAUUCAUUGCGGCGGAGCGUUGUAAUUGUCGUACUGUAUUGUUAAUUAAUGUGGCUUUGAUUUCACUCACUUCCUCGACGACUGUUCAUCAAAAGGCGUGAACACAAUUGAGAACGUGUCUGUACCUUAUAAGCCCACGAUAUCUGAUUGCAUCGCUCCAGACUUUUUAGUUCCAAUAACUUUUGUGCGUUUCAAUUGAUUUACCUUAUUCAGGCGAAUUUCUUCACAGGCGGAUCGAGUUUGAUUAUUGAUUGCAGAUUAAGUAUUUUGAGAUUUGUCGGUUGUUGAAGUGUACCUGGAAAUGGAGAAUGGUGAUCAGUUCACGCAGUUUUCUGAUGCUAAAUAUGAAUGUCUUCUCUUUGAUCUAGAUGACACCCUUUAUCCUUUAAAUUCUGGUUUGUCAAAGGAAGUCUCCAAGAACAUUCAAGAAUUUAUGAUUGAAAAGUUAGGAAUUGAGGAGAACGUGCCUGAAUUGUGCAUUUCCUUGUACAAGAUUUAUGGGACAACACUGGCUGGUCUUAGAGCUAUCGGUUAUGACUUCGACUACGAUGAUUUCCAUAGUUUUGCUCAUGGAAGGUUGCCUUAUGAUAGGCUCAAGCCUGACCCUGUAUUAAGGAACCUUCUUCAUAGCUUACCGAUUCGAAAACUUCUAUUCACCAAUGGUGAUAUGGCUCAUGCAACUAGAGCGCUGCAGAGACUUGGGUUAGAGGACUGCUUUGAAGGGAUUUUAUGCUUUGAGACUUUGAAUCCUAGUAAGGAAACAGUUGUUGAUGAGGCAGCAGGGUCUGUAGUUUUUGAUAUAGAUCAGUUUAUGAGCAGUCUAAACUCUGAUAUUGAUCUGCCGAAGACACCAAUCAUCUGCAAACCAUUUGAAGAGGCAUAUAAGCAAGUUUUCGAGAUCGCCAAUAUCAACCCGCAAAAAACUUUGUUCUUCGACGAUAGCGUUCGUAAUCUACAAGCCGGGAAGUCGGUGGGCCUUCAUACAGUACUGAUUGGUAGUUCACAACAAAUAAACGGGGUGGAUCACGCGUUCGAGAACAUCCAUAACAUCAGGGAAGGAUUGCCCGAGCUUUGGGACACCAUGGAGAAGCUCGAAAACGUUUCGUACUCCGAAAAGGUAGCUAUUGAGACUUCAGUUAGAGCUUAAUUAGUACUUAUGAUAUCAAGUUGUACGUACUAUGAUGACAAUACUUGAUAGUGCAAAGCCGUUGGCAACUGCAAUGAAUGCUGGUUAAUAGAACACAUCUUUCCUUUUGGAUUCCUGU